UCCAUUGAAUUGUUUUGAGUGUAGAUUAUAAUUAAAUGAAAAGUUGAUCUUCAUAACACUUCACCUGUGUGAUGUUGUGUAAUUGUUUCUGGUGUGUAUGCGGUGCUCCUGGUAUGAUCUGCUGUCACAGGAGCCCGGAUCAAUGUGUGUGAGGCUUUUGGUUAGUGAAGGGCACUGAUGUCGGAGGAAGGAGGAGCCCGGAGAUCUGAUCAUCCAGCAGCGCGUGCACGACACCGGCAAUGACUCGCGAGAAUAAAACACAAGAAACCUGCCGCUGUCUGACCGCUUUCCUCCGCUUUACGCUUCUUUUUGUCUUUCUCCAACUCGGAAAACACCCGGCUGAAGGUUCUGUGGAGGUGAAGAAUGCAGACAGGAGGUCUUUUCAUACGAUGCUGUAAAACCAAAACAUAAUCGAGCACAAUCACCGCAGAAGAAAGAGGAUUCUGAUUAGCGAAUAGAAACAAAGGGAAGUGACAAUGGGGCGAAAGAAGAUCCAGAUUACCCGCAUAAUGGAGGAGAGAAACAGACAGGUGACGUUCACGAAGAGGAAGUUUGGACUGAUGAAGAAGGCGUAUGAGCUCAGCGUUCUGUGUGAUUGUGAAAUAGCCCUGAUUAUCUUCAACAGCUCCAAUAAGCUCUUCCAGUACGCCAGCACAGACAUGGACAAGGUCUUGCUCAAGUACACAGAAUACAACGAACCUCACGAGAGCAGAACCAACUCAGACAUCGUGGAAGUGCUAAAUAAAAAGGAACACAGAGGUUGUGACAGUCCAGAUCCAGACGCCUCAUAUGUCCUCACCCCUCACGCAGAGGAGAAAUAUCAGAAGAUUAAUGAAGAGUUUGACAAUAUGAUGAGAAAUCACAAAAUUCCAGCCACUUUGAGUCACCAGAGUUUCUCAAUGCCAUUGACUUUGCCCGUCACCAACCCCACCACCCUGUCCUACAGUACAAACGGCUCAUUGGACACCCCGGUGACCCUCAGCGGGACAAACAUCCUGUCUCUGCCCUCCAACACCCUUCAGACCACCAAUAGCACUGCUGGCAUCGAUGGUAUGCCAGCUUCCUCAGAGGUCACACUUCCAAACGGAGUUCACUCCAGUCAUGUGGUCAAUGGCUUUUCCGGCAAUUCUGAAGAAAACAGUAUUGGACAAGUGGUCUCUGCUAAAUCGUCCACAGCGAACCGCAAACUUGACCUGCGAGUCCUCAUUCCUCCUGUCUGCAAAAGCAGCUCUUCUUCAAUGCCGCCUGAGGAAGGAGAUGAGCAUUUGAGAACAGACAGCUCUCAGUCCAGCCAAUCAUUGAGCACACCUGUGGUAUCUGUGGCAACACCCAGUCUGCAUCCACAGGACCUCGUGUACUCAUCCAUGACAACAUCGUUCACUACAG